UUUUCGAGCAUGGCCAAGGGCAACAAGAAGCGCGUGCUAACGCCGGCCGUGGCCCCGACGCCGACUGCCGAUGUGCCCAUGGAUGACACCGAGCAUGAAGGCCUUCUCUCCAAGGAGCUCAUGGAGGAGCUCGGCGGCAACGAGGAAGAGCUGCUGAUCAUGACCAAGAAGAAGAAGACCGAGAAGAAGCCCGAGGCGAUCAGCGAAGAGGUCAUGGCACAAGCCAAGAAGCUCAGCAAGACGAAGCGCAAGAAGAUUGCGCAGCUCGAAGCACGCAAGGCCAAGGAGGCCAAGCGUGAUGUCGUGCUCCAGUCGCUCGAGUCGCAGCAGCUGCCGCAAGCGCAUCUGAACCUUAUGUACUCGACCGCGCGUCUCGGGCACAAGGAGACCCUUCGCGAGCGUCUGCGCCGGUCCGUCAACCAGGAAAAGGCUGGCCUUACGCUCACGGACGCUGCGCGGAGCGAGCUCUACCAGGAGAAGCCCGUCGUCGACGAGUACGACAUGGACACGGCCGAGUCGACGCCGGUGUCUGCCGCGACGACAACCGCCGCGCCCACGACGACCGCGACCACGAACUCCAACGCAGCGGCUGUCAAGAAGAAGAAGUCCAAGAGCAUCGUCAACGUUGUGCAGAUGCCAUCGGCGACCCCGGCGGUUGCAACGCUGGCGCCCGAAGCCACCAUGUCGGAGGCUGUCUCCUCGUCGUCGCAGUCGGCUCUGAUGGCCAAGCUUCUCGAGCUCCGCCAAAAGAACGAAGAAAAGCGCCUGCAAAAGCUGGCGGGUACGGUCGCGCCUGUCGUUGCCGACAAGUACGCCGACGCGCCCAAGUACGUCCCGGCCGCCGUUCCGCUACCAACGACGUCUGAGAUGGUCGCGAUCGCCGAGACGCUGCCGGUCGUUGCAGUCAAGAAGACGCUUGUGGCGGUCAACCGCAUCGAGUCGAUCCAGCUCUCGCGCAUGCAGCUGCCCGUGUGCAGCUCGGAGCAAGAGAUCAUGGAGGCCAUUUCGCUCCACCCUGUCGUCAUUCUCUGCGGUGAGACGGGCAGUGGCAAGACGACGCAAGUGCCGCAGUUCCUCUACGAAGCCGGCUACGGCUUUGACGAACACAACCCGGGCAUGAUUGGCGUGACGCAGCCGCGUCGUGUCGCUGCCGUAAGCACGGCCCAGCGCGUCGCGACCGAGCUCAACGUCCCCUUUGGCAAGCACGGGUCGGUCGGGUACCAGAUCCGGUACGAUAACGAGCACGUGGGUCAGCAGACGCGCAUCAAGUUUAUGACGGACGGUAUUUUGCUCAAGGAAAUCCAGCAAGAUUUCUUGCUUAAAAAGUACUCGAUCAUCCUCCUCGAUGAAGCCCACGAGCGCAACGUCAACACGGAUAUCCUCAUCGGUCUUCUUUCGCGUGUCGCGCCCUUCCGCGCGCAAAUGGCUGCCGAAGAGCAGGAAAUGUACGCGUCCAUGACGCCCGAAGAGCGGGCGAGUGCGCCGCCGCCGCUCAAGCCGCUCAAGCUCGUGAUCAUGUCGGCGACGCUGCGGGUCGAAGAUUUCACCAUGAACAAGACGCUCUUCCCGUCGCCGCCGCCAGUCAUCAAGGUCGACGCGCGUCAGUACCCUGUCUCGGUGCAUUUCAACAAACACACGGAGCUCAACGACUAUGUCCACGCCGCCUAUCAAAAGGUCUCCAAGAUCCACCGCAAGCUGCCCGACGGUGCCAUUCUCGUCUUCUUGACGGGUCAGCGCGAGAUUCUCCAGCUGUGUCGCAAGCUGCGCCGCACCAUGGGCUCCAAGAUCACGCGAAAAGCCCGCAAGCUCUCUCGGCGCAACCAAGGCGAGUCGGAUGCGAACGACGACUGGUUUGCCCGCGAGCACGACGACGACGACGAGGAGGCGGACGUUGAAGAGGCCGAGCUCCUUGGUGACGAAGUCCUUUUGGACGAGAAGGACUCGGACGCGUCCGACUCGGAAGAAGAAAACGACCACCAGCCGGAAGACGACGAGGAAGGCUCGACGGAGAACUCGACGCCGUACGUGCACGUGCUCCCGCUCUACUCGAUGCUGGCCAACGACGAACAGAUGAAGGUCUUUGAGGCGCCGCCGCCCAAGCACCGGUUGAUUGUGGUGGCAACCAACGUGGCCGAGACGUCGCUGACGAUUCCUGGCGUUCGGUAUGUGGUCGAUGCGGGCCGCACGAAAGAGCGCGUGUUCGACUUGAAGACGGGUAUUUCCGAGUUUCAAGUGCAGUGGAUCAGCAAGGCGAGUGCCGAUCAGCGCGCGGGUCGUGCUGGCCGUACCGGCCCCGGCCACUGCUACCGCUUGUACUCGUCGGCCGUGUACGAGAAUGAAUUCCCCAAGUUUUCGCCGCCCCAGCUCUUGACGCAGCCGAUCGAAGACGUCAUCUUGCAGAUGAAGGCCAUGGGCAUUGAGCGCAUCCUCAACUUUCCGUUCCCGACGCCGCCCGAAGCUGUCGCGCUCAAGGCGGCAAUGACGACGCUCAUGCACCUCGGGGCGCUCAACAUGGAGAACGACACGAUCACGAGCCUCGGGCGGACGCUCGCGCUCUUCCCCGUCGCGGCCCGGUUUGCCAAGAUGCUCCUGAUCGCCAAGCAGGUCGGGUGCCUCGAGUACAUCAUUGCGGUCGUCGCAAGUCUGACGGGACAACCGCCAUUCGUGCUCGCGGUCGAGCGCAAGGAUCAGGAAGCGGACGCGGACGCACCGGACGAGCCGGUCAUUUCGCCCGAAGAAAUGAGUGACGACAUGGCCAAGGAGUGGAAGGAAGCCGAGGAGAUGCGCAAGCACAGCCAGUGGGUCGACGAAGAAAGCGACGUCCUCGGCAUGCUGCGCGCGGCCGGUGCAUACGCCUACUCUGGCGCGUCGCCAGCGUUUUGCGACGAAAACCACCUGCAUGCCAAGAUCAUGGAGCAAAUGCUCAAGCUGCGCAGCCAGCUCACGCUGAUCGUCAACAAGCUCUUUGCGAGCGACGCGAGCUACACGCCCGUGGCCCUGCACCCCAACAUGCCGCCGCCGAGCCCCGAGGAGCAAGACACAAUUCGCCAAAUCGUCGCGGCCGGGUACCUCGACCACGUUGCCCACCGCGCACCGCCGGGCACCAUCACGGAAGGCACCAAGAUCGAGCGCAACUGCGCGUACGUUUCGUGCAGCGGCAUUGUGAACGAGCCGAUUUACAUUCAUCCGCACUCGCACGUCUUUACACGCGAGCCGGCCAAGCUGCCGUCGUUUGUGGUCUACAACACCAUUGUCCGGUCGUCGCGCGCGUGCAUGAAGACCGUCACGUCGAUCGAGCCCGACUGGCUCUUUGCAAUUGCGCAGUCGUCGCCGCUCUGCAAGCUCUCGGAGCCGCUGACGGCGCCCGCGCCGCGCUACAACGCAGCCUUGGACCGCGUCGACUGCUUUGUCAAGCCCGUGUACGGCGUGCACCAAUGGGAGCUGCCCGUCGUGACGGUCGAGUACCCCGCGGGGACGAUGCGCGUGCGCUGGUUUGCGCGCUGCCUCUUGGACGGCGCGGUCGUGCCGUCGCUCCUGCCGUUUGCGACGCGGCUCAAGGAGCCCAGUGCCUCGCUCUUGCGCAAGAAGUUUGACGCCAAGAUCCAGCUGCUCGUCAUGGCCCUCGAGCGAAAUGACAUUGCCACGCGCGCCACGCUCUCCGCGCAGUGGAAGAAGAACCCCAAGUUUCUCCUCGACGAACUCCUCAAGUGGGUCAAAGACGAGCACAAGACGUCGCUCACCAAGGCGUGGCCGUCCAUCGUGCAGACCGAGCUCGCGCGGACACGUUAGGAAAAUGACAAAUUGUGUAUGGUUGAUUGUCC